UGUUGUUUGUCUGUAUCGUAAUCUCCGAGCAGGGAAAUUCCAUUGUCCUCUUCUUCCCUCCUACUCUUAAUCCAGUCCGUCCCGAAUCCAAGUCAUAGUGCCAGGAGAGAUUCCCCAAUCCUGCCACUCUAGAAAUAAUCCUUUAUAAACCUUCUGCUCGGGUAGGGAUAUGUUAUUUGUCGUCACCGGAAUAUCAGAGCAAGGGAAUUCCAUCAUCGUGAUCUUCCCUCUCCUCUCUGCCAUUCCAUAUAUAGCCAAUGAGAUGUCAGGAGAGAGUCCUUCAAGGAAGUCUAUGCUGAUUGGCUGAUAGGUUUCAGCCGGAGGAAUAAAAAGCAAGGCGCUCAUUUUGCUCUUUAGCAACGUGACGACAUGCUAAAGUCGAAGUGAAUCGGCGGGGUCCAUCGCUCCUUCAUGGGCCCGUCAUUUCGGUCCGCGUGAUCCGGCCCUGACAUUCCUGGGCAGAGCCUCUUCUCUGCUCAACUUCCGGACAGGGAGGGGGCGGGCAGUGGGCUGAGGUGCUGCGCUGCGAUUGGCCGAGCGCGGGCGAGAGUGCGAUGCGGAUUGGAGGAUGUCGGGUGACUGGGAUGAAGACCUGUGCAAGAAGGCACUGAUGCUGGUGGAGGAGCUGUGCUUAAACUCGCCCCGCGGGUACAGCCAGAGCGAACUCUGUCAGGAGUUCAGCUACCUGCUCAGGGGCCGCAACAGACAGCUGGACGCAGAGAUUUCGGUGAGCCUACUGUCGGUGAUCGUGACGUUCUGCGGCAUCGUGCUGCUGUCGGUGUCGCUCUUUGUGUCAUGGAAGCUGUGCUGGCUGCCCUGGCGGGACAAAGAGGGCGGUGGCCUGAGCCUGACGUCGGGGUUGCUGCCGGGCAGCAUGGGAGGCCUGGGCGGCGCGCCGGGCUCCUCCUUCUUGCCGCCGCUGCUGCAGAGGAAGGAGGGCCAGUCUUCGUCAUCGCUCUACCCGUCGCUGGGCCAGCAGGGGCAGCACCACCCGCACUUCUCCGACCUGGUGGGGCUGGAGAGGGGUGACGGCGGUGGCGGCGUUGGCGGCGUGGUGGGCGGCCCGCAUGAGACCCAGGAGCACUCCUACCUGGACAUGGACUCGUACCCGAACAACGCUGGGUCGCGGGAGCGCUGGAGCCUGUCCCAGCUACCUUCGGGGACCCUGAAGCUGAGCCAAACGUCUCCGGACGUCCCCAACUCGGAGGGGGGCGCCCACCCCCACAAGGACCUGCCCAACGCCGUCUCCCAGCAGCAGGUCACGGCCCGGCCCAAGCCCAUGACUCACCAGCUGUCCAGUCCCGACUUCCACGGCGAGGAGAAGGAGCAGGUGACCAGCAUCGGGCAAAUCAAACCCGAGCUGUACCGGCCCAAAGGCGACCCGGGCGACGGCAAGCAGGGCGAAGCCUGCGGCAAGAUCAGCUUCCUGCUGCGUUACGCCUUCAACACGGAGCAGCUGGUGGUGAAGAUCCUCAAGGCGUUGGAUCUGCCAGCCAAGGACGCCAAUGGCUUCUCCGACCCUUACGUCAAGAUCUACCUACUUCCCGACCGCAAGAAGAAGUUCCAGACCAAGGUUCACAGAAAGACGCUGAACCCUGUGUUCAACGAGACGUUCCAGUUCGGUGUGCCCCUGAACGAGCUCCACUCCCGCAAGCUUCACUUCUCCGUCUAUGACUUUGACCGUUUCUCCCGCCACGACCUGAUUGGACAAGUGGUGGUGGACAACCUGCUGGACUUCAGUGAGGGCAGUGGAGACAAACCAGUGUGGAGGGACAUCGUGGAGGGCACGGCAGAGAAGGCCGACCUUGGGGAGCUCAACUUCUCGCUGUGCUACCUGCCCACUGCUGGCCGACUCACGGCCACCGUCAUCAAGGCUACAAACCUGAAGGCCAUGGACCUGACUGGUUUCUCGGACCCUUACGUAAAGGCCUCACUGAUCUGCGACGGUCGCAGGCUGAAGAAGAGGAAGACCUCCAUCAAGAAGAACACGCUGAAUCCCACCUACAACGAGGCGCUGGUGUUCGACAUUCCAAAUGAGAAUAUCGAGAGCGUGUCCAUCGUCAUCGCUGUGAUGGACUACGACUGUAUCGGUCAUAACGAAGUGAUAGGGAUGUGCCGCGUUGGCAGCGACGCCGAUGGCCCGGGGAGGGACCACUGGACUGCCAUGUUGGCCAAUCCACGCAAGCCAAUAGAGCACUGGCAUCAGCUGGUGGAGGAAAAAGCAAUCGGUACAUUUGUGUCGACGAAGGGCGAAGCGUCACCCUCCUCUAAGCCACACAUCGUGGUGGACAGUCCUCACUCCGAUUAAAUGGGUCCACGCAGUCGCUCCACCUCCAGACUUUUCCUUUUUCUCUCCUCUCAUCUGUGAAUCCGUCUUUUUCCAUCAAAGAGAGACAAGCAGACAUAGUCGACGGUUUUGUGCCUCUGCUCAAUCCGUCGACGGGAAAAAAAAACAACAACCACGCAACAGCGGAGACAAACACACUAACACACAGUUAGUUUGCUGUAGGUGCGUAGUUGACAUGUAGUUGUUGAUCUAGGAGGCGUGUGAUGUGAUAAACUCUUUAAAAAAAAACAAAAAACACACACAUCAAUUUAAAAAAAACCAAAAAAAAACCAAAGCCAUUCUCACGCGGUCACCUGGAGUGGGACCAAACCUCUUGUACAGACUUUCAGAAAAGAAGACAUACCAUAUCACACAAGGUAGCCGGACUUGCUGGAUUCUCCGGGCCUUCCCUGAGUCCAAUGCAACUGACCCUGCUCCCCAAAGGAAGGAGGACCAACGUGGUCUUCAUCGAUAUCAGAGGAGUGACUGACUGUGGCCUGAGCAUGUUACCUUGCGUCCGUCUUCCUCACGCAUCCCGUUGUCCUCAUGGCAUCUUCUUUUACCAUUCCCAGGAUGGAACGUUGUGCCGUUUUGUACCAAGAAUACGAGGGACGCCCCAAAAAACUGUUGGACAUUUCCCUGGUGGAUGCAUCCCAAAUAAAAAUAGGACUUUUCUUUUGAUUUUCCCAAUCAUGAGCUUUAGAAUCAAGUCAUACAUGUGACACAUCUGUGUUGCUUUCAUCCGUGUGUUUCCGUGUUCGUGGGUGUGUUUGUUUUGUAUAUGUAUGCCUGUGUGUCCAAGUGACCUUCUGUGCUCAUGACCCACCCCCUCAACUCCUUAUCCCCUUCUGACUUUGCCCCCCCCCCCGCCCACAAGACUUUCACGAGCCCUGUCUCACAUUGUCACAAGGAUCCAUGUUGUUGUGCGCACAAUAUCCAGAUAUACGAACACGGACGUUUACUCGGACUGCAAUGUCAAUGAAAUCACAAUUUGGGUUACGGCUUGAGGGUUAGGAUUGGAGUCCGGGUUAAGACUGGUUUGACGCCACCGAGAAAAUGUUGACUCACAUAAACUCCAUAGGUUAGGGUUUGGGUUGGGGCUAGAGCUCGGGUUAGGGGCUACGAGUUUAACUCCACCAAAAACAUGGACCACGGAUGUGUACAGAAAUCCGAAACUUGGUGUGACCCAAUGUUAGAAAGAUGCCUGUAAAGAUUUGUCAAGGCGACAUUUUGCCACAUAAAUCCCGUAGAUUCAGGACUGAUGGGGCUGGCCAGCAAAGCGCAGACGGUUAAAUUGACUUCACUUGUUAUCAGCAACUUUGUGUCUGUGGGACAACUUUGUGAGAUGAUAGUGUCCAUCUUGUCGGAGCAAAGGUUUUGGGACAGACCUCUUCAUCAAGUGGGCCAAAUUUACCACGGUGAACUAAAACGAAAAUCCACUAAAGCAGAACAGCCUGACAGAACACCAUCAAGUUAAUUGUUUGUAAAAGCACACCGCCACCUAGUUGCACUAUAUAGGUACUCCUAGAAUUGAGUCCCUGUAAAAGAAAAUAAAUGUCUUGUAAAUUUGGCACACCAUAGAGACGAUUGUUUUUAACAACCGUGCAAAAUUUGAAUGAUUAAAAAAAACAAAUGCCGUGGCCCUCGAAUGCGCUGAAACCACCUCCUGCUCAGCUGUCAAUCCAAUACCAGUGGAAUGACGGUGACUUCGUGGCGCAUCUUUCUUCUGCCUAUACCGCACAUCCCUUGCAUGUUCGGGCUGCGAAAAUCUAUUUGCUUCAACUCUCUGCCGGCUUCAAUAUAUCCCACCCAGGUGGUCACAGAGCUUUUCCAUCCCAUGAUAACGAGACAAUCCAAAAGUGGCCGCGCCAGCCGGGGCUGUCGCGUCGUCUUUUUGCGCGUUUUCAGUCAUUACCUUCAAUGUUUGAAGACCAUCACCAAGGAGGCGCUUUGAUUAAUUGUACAUCCUCGAAGAAGAAGCAAACCCCCUCCCCCCACAUCCCAAUAAUAUGUGAACCCCUCAAAUUGAACUGCAGAGCCAUACAGUAUUAUUUUAUAGCUACUGAUGGAAUCGAUUUCAUGCCACGGGAGAAGUAAAAUGCAGUAAAACUACUCGACCGACUGAUCUUGCAGUCUGUGUAAAGCCGCUGUUUCUCAUGCAUUCGUCCAUGUCACUCAGCCCUCGCGGCCUCCCACCCUCUUGCUCCCAGUGUCGUGUAACUCUGACGUGCUUCGCUAUUCAGUGUGCUGUACGAGAACCCGGGUGACGGCAACAAACAAAAACAAAAAACACUUCAAAACAAUACAACGAAAAAGUCGGCUUUUUUGAUUCGAGCGUUCAUCUGGGGAAUUAAACGGAUGUCUGUAUGUGAGUGUGCGUCCUGUGACUUGUACAUUAUGGAUCCGCUUUGUCUGAGUGGAAAAGUUAUGGAUCCAGUGGUCCCAAGGCUCCGUGACUCUCACCCUCUCUCUCUUGUCAGCACUUAUCCACCAUUGCUGCCACCUCAUUUUAACCUUCCCUCCCUCCUCCAUCUUUUUCAUGACUCAGUCCCACCAUCUUGGCUCCCACCCAGGCUGCCCUGUGGUGUUGUGAAUGGUCGCCACGGAGCUCUGCAUGCUUCUCAAUUAACACGAAUGAUGUCAACCCGACGCAAAAUGACAUAAGUGACGCUCGGAGCUAAAAAAAAAUAAAAUAAUAAAAUAAAAUACAAUUUUAAAAAUUAUGAACUCGUUACUAAUACAACUAAUGACCACAACGAUAAUAAUGAUACGCGGGGCAAAUGUGUGUUUUCUCUCUGUGUCAGAAUUAAGAUUAAUAUUGAACAAUUUGGAUUAUUUAUUUAUUUUUUUGAAAUAAAAAGGGUUUAUUCACAAGUAUGCUUUUUUUUUUUUUUUUUUUUAAAGCCGGGGAGUGAUUGUUUCAGUCCGGGAAGAGUGAAGCAAUGCCGUUGGAAAUAAAAGCUAU